GCAUCUGCUCACAAACUGCUUGCUGGCAAUGGGAGAAGCUCCAUGGAUGGAAGUCUCAAUGGAGGCCCUGAAGAGUAUAGCUCUGUCAGACAUUGCCAUCUCUCUGGUUGGCCUCUUUAUUUUUAGCACUGUCAAGAACAGGCUGACGUCCAAGGGCGUCAUGCACUGGCCUGUGCUGGGUAGCUACCCUGCCCUCAUCCUUCACUUGCAUGAAGUGUUUGAAUACGUCACUAGGGUCCUCGUUCAAGCCGGUGGAACCUUCCCCUACACUGGCAUAUGGAAGACUGGUGCAUUCGGUCUUGUCACUGCCGACACUGCCAACGUAGAAUACAUGCUGAAGACCAACUUCAAGAACUACCCCAAGGGGAAGUACUACAGGGAGAGGUUCUCCGAGCUGCUCGGCGACGGCAUCUUUAACGCCGACGACGAGAUGUGGAAGGUGCAGAGGAGGGCGGCGAGCGGAGAGAUGCAUUCGGCGAGGUUCGUGGAGUACUCGGCCAAGACAAUCGAGGAACUGACGCACAAGAAGCUCAUCAAGUUGGCGGAGAAGCUCAGCAGGGACGGCCGGAGCGUGGACCUGCAGGACGUGUUCCUGCGCUUCACGUUUGAUAACAUAUGCAUCGCCGCGUUAGGCGUCGACACCAGAUGCCUUGCCGUCGACCUCCCUGAGGUUCCUUUUGCUCGUGCCUUCGAGCGCGCCACUGAGAACACCUCUUUCAGGUUCACAGUUCCGCCCCUUGUUUGGAAGGCAAUGAGGUAUUUUCAGAUCGGCUCAGAGAAGCAGCUCGCAGAAGCAGUUAAGGAAGUCCACGAAUUCGCGGAGAAGACGGUGUUGGCGCGACGAAUCGAGUCGAAGAAACUCGGCGGUCUAAGCCACCGCUCUGACCUCCUAUCAGUUCUCAUGGAGGUCCAUAAUCCUCUCUAUACAGACAAAUUCUUGAAAGAUUUCUGUAUAAGCUUCAUUCUAGCCGGCCGUGACACCAGUUCCGUCGCAUUGGCAUGGUUCUUUUGGCUCCUCCACAAAAACCCAAACGUAGAAACGAGGAUUCUUGAUGAGAUACACAGUGUUCUAAAGCAAAGAGAUGAACUCAAUCUCGGCCAGAUGGGCACCAAUGACAAUAUAGUUUUCACACCAAAUGAACUGAAGAGGAUGGAGUACUUGCAUGCCGCACUGUCAGAGUCUCUGAGACUGUAUCCUUCUGUUCCCAUAGAAUUCAAGGAGGCACUGGCAGAUGAUGUGUUCCCAGACGGUAACAGAAUAAAGAAAAGUGCAAGGAUUUUCUAUUCCAUAUACUCAAUGGGCAGGAUGGAAUCAAUAUGGGGAAAGGAUUGUGGGGAGUUCAAACCGGAGAGAUGGAUCAAAGAAGGGCAGUUCGUGAGUGAAAGCCAGUUCAAGUAUGCUGUGUUCAACGCAGGCCCAAGACUGUGCUUGGGGAAGAAAUUUGCAUACAACCAGAUGAAAAUGGUGGCUGCUUCCCUUCUGUUGAGGUACUCUGUUUGCGUCGUCAAGGACCAUCCGGUGAAGCCCAAAUUGACUACCACUCUUUACAUGAAGAAUGGACUCCAAGUACUGUUCAAGCCAAGGCCCUCCUUCCGGCAGCUCAUGCCGGCAUCAUAAUCCAGUUACUGAUGACGUAAAAACUCAACAUGAAAAGCAUGCCUGAUUGCUAAGUUGUGGAAUCAUGUAUCCGAACUUCUUGUUGCUGCUUCUCUUAUUUGUUAAAUAAAAGGAAGACAACACAAGAAAUAAAUCUGAACGUGGUUGAUUUGUUAAAACCUAUGUCCACGGUCUCUGUAAACUCUUUCUUAUCGUUUGAGAGAUCAGUUACAUGUUUCAUUA